AUGUCGAACACUCUCGUCCAAUAUAUUUUGCUACGAACAGAUUUACUAAAGGAACUAGGAUGGUCAAUAGGAGCAGUUGUAGCCCAGGCAUGCCACGCAUCCACAGCUGUUCUCCACUUAAACAAAGAUGAUGAGUACACUGUAAAGUAUUUAAAUGAUAUGGAUAAUAUGCAUAAAGUGGUCUUAGAGGUGCCUGAUGAGGGAGCAUUAAAUAAAGUAGCAGCAAAGCUAAAAGAAAAUUCAAUAGCGCACAAAUUAUGGAUUGAACAGCCAGAAAAUAUACCUACUUGUUUAGCUAUUAAACCUUACCCUAAAGAUGAGGUUAAGAAAUAUGUUGGAAAAUUUAAACUACUUAAACUGCAAAUGAGUUCUACUGACUAA